UACUAUCAAUGCAAUAUAAUCAAUUACAACAAAUAAUACGCUCCUUAUUACUAUAGUACUCUGCUUUACAUAUUGCUAUGAAAGCUCUAAUAAUUAUUGUUGUGCCGUUGAGCAUUGAAGUCUUUUUUAACUGUCCUUCCCGCCACGGAAUGUACCAAAAUCCAAAUGAAGUUGUUGACAAGAAAGCUCAUAUCUUUAACGCACCCUUCUCUCAAUCUUUCACAUCCAACUGUUGACUCUUUCGUUUGGAAUAGUCUGAUCAGAGCUCAUGUCCAACGAACUCAUCCACUUACCAGCCCCGCCCAUACCCCACUCUCCAUCUUCCUCCGAAUGCGCUUCUAUGGCGUCCAACUUGAUUUUUACACCUUCCCUUUUCUUCUCCAGUCUGUCCAUUCUCCUUCACAUCUCCAAUUGGGGCGAUCAAUUCACUCACAAGCUAUUCUUUUUGGUUUCUCAUUCGACCCAUUUGUCCAAACUUCGCUAAUUAGUAUGUAUACCAAUUGCGGCAAUGUGGGUUCUGCCCGAAGAGUGUUUGAUGAAAUGCCUCAACCGGAUUUACCGUCGUGGAAUUCCAUAAUCAAUGCGAAUGUCAAAGCUGGUUUGCUAAGCGUUGCGCGCGAAUUGUUUGAUGGAAUGCCAAGUAGAAAUGUCAUAUCUUGGAGUAGUAUGUUGGAUGGUUACGUGAGGUGGGGUCAGUGUGAAGAAGCAUUGGUGUUGUUUAGUCAGAUGCAAGAGGAAAAUAAAGUUACGCCUAACGAGUACACCAUGUCUAUUUUGCUUGCAGCAUGUGAGCAGUUGGGUUCACUUGAACAUGGGAAAUGGGCUCAUGCUUACGUAUACAAACUUGGGAUGGAUAUUAAUGUUGUACUUGGAACUUCUUUGAUUGAAAUGUAUGCUAAAUGUGGGAGUAUCGUCAGGGCAAGAUUAGUUUUCGAAAAUUUGGGUCCAAAAAAAGAUUUAAUGGCUUGGAGUGCAAUGAUCUCAGGCCUCGCGAUGCAUGGUCACUGGGAAGAUUGUCUCUGUUUGUUCUCAAAUAUGGUUGAUAACGGUGUAAGGCCUGAUGACGUCACGUUCUUAGGUGUACUUUCUGCUUGUGUACAUGGAGGAUUGGUGAGCCAAGGGAAAGAAAUGUUUGAGAGGAUGAGUAAGGAGUUUGGUAUUUCUCCUUUGGUUCAGCAUUAUGGUUGUAUGAUUGACCUUUAUGGAAAAGCUGGUUUGAUUAAUGAGGCAUGGAAUCUUGUGAAUACAAUGCCUAUGGAGCCAGAUGUGCUUAUUUGGGGAGCUCUUCUCAGUGGAGCCAGGAUAUGUGGAGAUAUUGAAACAUGUGAAGUUGCACUCAACAAAAUAAUAGAGCUAGAUCCCACGAAUAGUGCAGCUUAUGUUCUUCUCUCCAAUGUCUACGCUAAGAUGGGUCGGUGGAAAGAUGCUAGGCACGUCAGAAACCUUAUGGAGACAAAGAGGGUAAAGAAAGUUCCUGGGCUCAGUUCCAUAGAGGUCGAUGGACGCAUUCGCUAGCACUAGUUUUCAGUGGGAAACAACUGAUGCUAAAGGAUACUCUAUGUAGGUUCAAGAUGGAUGGUUAUGUAGACAAAACAAAAGGUAUUGCCACUCAAGGAACGGAAAAAUUAGCAGUUCUCACUUCGUACUGAGAACCUGCCAAUCGAAUUCUUUGUUCUAAAUAAUAUAGCAUGGUUCUCAUAUGCACAGUCAAGGUAUGCACCUUGCGAAGGUAAUGUUGCAAUAUAAAUUGCCUCGAGGGCUUUUUAUGGGUGAUAUUGUUGUCAAUAGUCACAACUGGUUUCAAUACUUUGUUGGUGGGGAAUGUUUCUGUAGUGACUUCUGGUAAUUGACCUUGUCCUGAAUUUUGAUUGGGAACAUAUGGUCCUUUUAAGCGCCGAAGCUUACAAACUCAUGUGACCUGGCAAUAUCGACGUCUGGGAGCGCCUUGUGGAUUAAGUUUCAUUUGCUUCCAACAAGUUGAUUCCUUAAAGCUAUUGCAAGCGUAAGUUUAUAUAUCUUCGGGAAAUGACUUCCAUCUUCUGCAGAUAUGGUCCUCCUAGUAGAAACUGAAGGGUUCUACGGAUGCACUUGCAUGCUGAAUAGAUUAGAAAAAGCAGAGGCGGAUCCACGAUGUAAACUCUAUGGAUUCAACCUUUAAGGUUCUUAGUAUCGAACUCAUUAUAUCCUUAAAGUUAUGAGUUCAUAUCUACAAUUUGUUGCGAUUUUAGUGAACUUUUGCACAUAAAUUUAUGCUCUGCGUCGAAAGUUAUGGGUUCAAUUGACCCCAUUGGUAUAGGGCUACAUCUGCCCCUGAGAAAAGGACCGAAGCUUUAUGUACUUCUAAUUCUUAUCUGUGCAAGAUCCGUUCUUCACAUCUAACCCAUUUUUACAGUUCUCAGAUGGUCCUUUCUUGAGGCUAAAUGCUUAAUGCAAGGGCUGCUUAGCAUUUGUUACCUUUGCAACAAGUGUGGUUAAUACAUUACAACCCUUUGCUAUACUGUACCAAAAUAUUGUA